GGACCAAACUUAGAAGCAACCAAGUGAGAGAUCCAACAACACCGUCCCUAAACCUCAAGCAUCAUUCUUCUUGCUACUUAUUCAGUACUUCAGCUCCUUCCAACUUCUCCUCUCAUACUGUCUCACCCCUCUUGUUCCACAAUUCCAGCGGUGACUUGACCUCUCGCUGUAGACUCACACGCCAUCAAAGGCCGUCGGCACAUAUCCGCUGUCUAGACCCCCGAUUAAAGCGCACAAAUGUGCGGAAAGAUGGAGCACAGCAUCCACAUGGAGCACAAGGGCUUACUUGGUGGCGAAUUCAAAGAGGGGAUUUGUGCCUCAAUUCCCAAACCUCCUUCUAGCACAUCAAGCAGGCCAAACAGCAUGGUUGUCAAGAAGGUGUGCCCGCGGGAAUUCAUCCCGCCGCACAUCAUCGCGGAGGCGAUCUCGACGCUGCACGGGCUGGACCUGCGGUGGUCGGGGCCGAUCACGCCCAGCGAGCGCCAGUACGUGGAGCAGUACGUGCUGGCCAUGUACCCGCAGUACUCGCACGGGCUCAUCGAGGACGGCAGCUGCGACAAGGACGACCUCUACUCCACCUACUACAGCGGCAGCACGACGACGUCGCCGGAGGCCGGCGGCGAGCGGCGGAGGUCGUCGCCGGUGGGCUCGCCGUCGUCGGCGGCGCCGGCAAGGCCAGACAUGGUGGACAUGGUCCGGCUGGAGCCGUCCCGGCUGCUGGACAUCCUGACCAAGAAGUCGUCGUUCCCCGGGAGCUUCAUCUCGAUCCCGGAGAUCCAGGCCAGGAACCGGGUGCUCCGCCACUGCGGCCUCACCGACGACGAGUACCUCGUGCUCUUCGCGCCCACGCCAAGGGACGCCAUGAUGCUGGUGGGCGAGAGCUACCCGUUCUUCCGGAGCAGCUACUACAUGUCGAUCCUGGAGGAGGACGGCGACUGCAUCCGCGCGUUCGCGGCGUACAAGGAGGCCAAGGUCAUCGCGGCGCCGGAGUCGUGGCUGGACCUCCGCAUCAAGGGCUCCCAGCUCAGCCAGUACUUCCGCCGCAAGUCCAAGCACGCGCCCAAGGGCCUCUUCGCCUACCCCGCCGUCUCCCCCGCCGCCGCCGCCGCGCCCUCCGCCGCUUCCUCCGGCUGCGGCGCACGGCAGCAGCAGCCGGCGCGGUACUCACUGCACUGGGUCUCCGAGGCGCACCGCAACGCGUGGCACGUGCUCCUGGACGCCACCGCGCUCGCCGUCGGCGAGGACCGGCUCCCGCUCUCGCUGCACCGCCCGGACUUCGUGCUGUGCACGCUCGGCGACACGGCCGUGCGAGCCCAGCAGCAGCAGGCGGCGGUGAGGGUCACCUGCCUGCUCGUCCGGAGGAGGUCCUUCGACACCUCGCCGCUGCCGCAGCAGCCGCAGAAGCUGCCGUAGAGUUUUGUACGCACGCCACGCGUGACGCGUGUACUUGUGUCGUUUUUUUUUACAACCGUGCUCAGUUUUUCGUUAAGAGGAGGAGAGAGUUUUAGUACUUGUGUCGUGUUACCGAGAGGAAGCUGCACAGAUCUCAAAGCAGGAGCUGAUGUGCAUAGUGGUGUUCGGUUGGCUCUUGCCCGCGAGCUUUGUGACAGCUGCGGAGCCAAGAGUGGCUUGUGGAUUAUCUGCUUUGAGAUCUGUGCGGUUCUUUCCCUACCUUUUUACGGCUUUGCGAUCUGCAAUUUUAUUCUUGCGUGCGCGACUUCAAUCAGUUUCAAUAUGUUACCCUUCUUUUUUGCGAGGACAA